GUCUUUUUGUUUGCGUUCAGCUUGACGGUUGUAACGAAAACUUAUAUUUGAAAAUUAAAUGUAAAAGACUCAAUUGCCGCUGAAAGGUCAUUAUAGGCCUUAUAGUCUAAUUACGUGAAUGUUUCGAAUGAACUGAAGUGACGAUUUUUCUAAAAACGUUGAUUCUCCUGUCAAAAGAUAUCCUUCUAUAUCUUCGUUUUGUAAGAUCUUGAAACAUGGAGCAAGAUACAGAAUAUAUUAAAUUACCAUUAGAAGAAAGAUGUGUGCACAAGUUAUGGAGGGCACGUUUGCAUGGGUAUAAAGAAUGUGUAAAUACGUUUCAAUGUAUUGAUGAUGAAAAAUCUCCAGAAUGGAACAAGUUUUUGGGAUUUAUUAAAAAGUUCGUGGUAGAUAGCAAUGCAGUUGCUCAAGAGAAAGGACUGGAAGCAUCUUUAGCUUUCAUUGAAAAUGCAGCAAUAGCAGGAAAGACUGUUGGUGAAGUUAUGAAUGGAAUAGUUACAAAAUGUAUUGCUGCACCUAAAGCUAAAACAAAAGAGUUAGCGGUACAAAUAACAUUGAUGUAUAUAGAAAUUGAAAAGCAUGAAGCUGUACAGGAAGAAUUAUUAAAAGGAACAGAAGCAAAAAAUCCAAAAAUUGUUGCUGCAUGUAUUUCUACUUUAACAUUGGCUUUAAGGCAAUUUGGACCAAAAGUAAUUAAUAUAAAACCUUUAAUAAAGAAGAUUCCUAAUUUUCUUGAAGAUAGAGAUAAAACUGUUAGGGAAGAAGGCAAAUUCAUGGUUGUUGAAAUUUACAGAUGGAUAGGUGCACCUUUAAAGCAACAGUUAAAUACAUUGAAACCAGUACAAAUUACGGAAUUGGAAGCAGAGUUUAGUAAUUUAAAAGAAGAAAAAGUUGUACCUAUUCGAUUUUUGAAAUCACAAAAACCAAAAGCGAUAUGUAUUACAGAUUCUACAAGUGAUAUCGGUGAAGAAGGCAAAGAUGAUGGUGAUGGCGGUUCUGCUCCUGAAGUUGAUCCUUAUGAAAUGUUGGAGCCUAUUGAUGUACUUUCUAAACUUCCAAAAGAUUUUUAUGAUAAAGUUGAAGCCAAAAAAUGGCAAGAACGAAAGGAAGCUCUAGAAGCUUUAGAUGCUCUAGUAAAACAUCCUAAAUUGGAAAAUGGUGAUUAUGGUGAUAUAGUAAGGACUUUAAAGAAGGUCAUAUCCAAAGAUACUAACGUACUAGUGGUCGCAUUGGCAGGAAAAUGUUUAGCAGGAUUAGCUGCUGGCCUUAAAAAACGAUUUCAACCUUAUGCGACAUCAUGCCUUUCAUCAAUUCUGGAGAAGUUUCGCGAGAAGAAACAAAACGUUGUGCAAGCUCUUCGAGAAGCUGCUGAUGCUAUUUUUCUUAGUGUUUCUAUUGAUCUUAUAUUAGAAGAUACAGUUGUUGCAUUAGAGAACAAGAAUCCUGCAGUAAAAGCAGAAACAGCUGCUUAUUUAGCAAGGUGUUUUUCUCGUACACCACCACCAACUUUAAAUAAAAAAUUAUUAAAGGCUUAUACUGGUGCACUUUUGAAAACUUUAAAUGAACCAGAUCCAAUUGUACGAGAUAGUUCUGCAGAGGCUCUUGGUACUGCCAUGAAAUUAAUUGGUGAAAAAUCUAUGAUGCCAUUCCUUACAGAUAUAGAUAAUUUGAAAAUGACUAAGAUAAAAGAAUGUGCAGAAAAGGCCGUAAUUCAUGUUAAAGUUCCUAAUGCAUCGAAAGUAGUUACAGAAAGACCAAAUACUGCUCCAAGUAAAAUUGAAUCCACAGCAAAAACUAAAGAGCUUGAAUCAAAAACUGUAAAAAGACCUAAUACUAGUACAUCAAAAAAACUUCCGAGUAAAAAACCAUCUGCUUCAUCCUUAACUAAUCUAGCUGUUUCUAAAAAACCAUCUACGACCAAGCUUCAAACAGAAAAAAAUUACAGCAUUGAAGAAAUAGAGGAAAUGGCUAUUCAAAUGUUGCCAGGUGACAUUCUUACUGGUCUCGUCGACAGUAAUUGGAAGACUCGAUUAGCUGCAGUUGAACAACUUCUGGAAUUCGUAAAGCAAAUGGAUCCAACAGAAAUACCUAUACAAGUGAUUGUACGAACUUUAGCAAAGAAACCAGGUUUCAAAGAUACCAAUUUCCAAGUCCUCAAAUUACGAUUAGAAAUAGUAAAGUUUUUGGCAGAAAAUUUUCCAUUUUCAACUACUGUUUGUGAAUAUUGCAUCAUGGAUAUAACGGAGAAAUUAGGGGAUGCAAAAAAUAGCACAGUCGCUGGUGAAACUCUUUUAGCAAUAGCAGAAGCAACAAGUUUGGAAUAUGUAGCAAAUGAAGUAGUAGCAUUUGCUUUUAAUAAAAAGAAUCCUAAAGUUCAACAAGAAACAUUAGCAUUGUUAUGUAGAGCUCUUAUAGAAUUUGGUUGUGUUAUCAAUGUUAAAUCUUUAAUGGAAAAUAUAAAAAAAGCAGUUGCAGCAACAAAUCCUGGUGUUCGCACAUCAGCUAUUACAUUACUAGGUACAUUGUAUUUAUUUAUAGGUAAACCAUUACUCAUGUUUUUUGAGAAUGAAAAACCAGCUUUACGUCAACAAAUUGAACAAGAAUGUGAAAAGCAUAGUGGAGAGGCACCACCUAUACCAAUUCGUGGAAUAAAAACCAAAAGAGAUAAAAUAAGUGAUGAUGAUGAGGAUAUAGAAAUGGAUAAAAAAUCUAGUAGUAAUAGUGAAAUUGAUAUUAAUAAUCUUAUUCCACGUGUUGAUAUUAAUAAUCAAAUUACUGAAAGCCUCCUUAAUGAACUAUCUGAUAAAAACUGGAAGGUACGAAAUGAAGGUUUACAAAAAGUGAAUGCUAUUAUAUACGAGGCAAAAUUUAUAAAAGGUUCUAUCGGAGAUUUGCCGCAAGGUUUGGCAUUACGAUUAGUUGAUAGUAAUAGUAAAAUAGCUCAGUCAACUUUAGGCAUAUGUCAAGCUUUAGCUGUUGCAAUGGGUUCUCCAGUAAAGCAACAUAUUCGAGUUCUUUUCCCUGGUUUUAUACAAUGUUUAGGAGAUAAUAAAAAUUGGAUUAGAACUGCAGCUAUUUCUUGCAUAAAUACAUGGGGAGAUCAAUGUGGUUAUAAAGAAUUUUUUGAUGGUGAAAUGAUUGGAGAUGCUCUAAAAUCUGGAUCACCAAUACUUAGAGCUGAGGUUUGGUGUUGGCUAGCACAAAAGUUGCCAUUAAUUCCUGUAAAACAAAUACCAAAAGAAGAACUUUUUGUUUGUCUUCCGUAUUUGUACAAUAAUUUAGAGGAUCGUAAUUCAGAUGUACGAACAAAUGCUCAAGAAGCAGUUUUAGGAUUUAUGAUCCAUCUUUCUUAUGAAGUAAUGGCAAGAAAUACAGAAAAACUAAAACCUGGAUCGCGUACAGUAGUACUUGCUGCAUUAGAUAAAUCUCGACCGAAUUUACCUAUAAAACCUUUACCGAAAAAACAAGUACCAAAGGAAAAUAACCAGAAAGUUGUUAAAAGUGCUGGAGCUUUGAAAGCUGCAAAAGCAAUAGUAAAGCCUAAACAAAAUCAAUCGACAUCAAAACCUGGUAGCGCUCGUAAAAAAGAUGACGAUGUGGAUACAAGUCCUUUAUUGGCUACAAAUAAUUUAAAACACCAAAGGGCCAUUGAUGAACAAAAGUUAAAAGUUUUGAAAUGGAAUUUUACAACACCAAGAGAAGAAUUCGUUGAACUCUUAAAAGAACUUAUGACUGCUGCAAACGUGAAUAAAACUUUGCUAGCAAAUAUGUUUCAUUCAGAUUUUCGAUACCAUCUUAAAGCAAUUGAGGCAUUAACAGAGGAUUUGCCUGACAAUAGUAAAGCAUUGGUAUCGAAUUUAGAUCUUAUUCUCAAAUGGUUGACGCUACGAUUUUUUGACACUAACCCUUCAGUAUUAUUAAAAGGUUUAGAGUAUUUACGGAUGGUAUUUAAUUUAUUAAUAGAAAAUCAGUAUCAUAUGUUGGAAAAUGAAGCUGCAUCGUUUAUUCCAUAUCUUAUUAUCAAAAUUGGUGACCCUAAAGAUGCAGUGCGUAAUGGAGUUCGUGCAUUAUUUAAACAAAUAGCUUUAGUAUAUCCAGUAAGCAAAUUAUUUUCUUAUGUAAUGGAAGGCUUAAAAUCUAAAAAUGCUCGACAGAGAACAGAGUGCUUAGACCAACUUGGUUCUCUUAUUGAAAAUUAUGGAUUAUCCGUUUGUCAACCAUCUAGAUCUGUGGCACUAAAAGAAAUUGCAAAACAAAUAGCAGAUCGUGAUAAUUCUGUUCGAAAUGCUGCUUUAAAUUGUAUUGUUCAAGCGUAUUUCCUCCAAGGAGAACGAAUAUAUAAGCUUAUUGGUCAGAUAUCUGAGAAAGAUCAAUCAUUACUAGAUGAACGUAUUAAAAGAGCUGCUAAAAAUUACCCAACAAAAUCGGCUUCUACCAAUAGACUUUCAACACCUUCAAAUGCAACACCUAUUCCUUCCAAUGAAGAUGUUAAGACAGAAUAUGAAGAAGAAAAUGAUGAAAUACCUGAACCACAACCUCCUUCUGAACCACCUCAACCAAGUGAGCUGUCACAAGUAACAGAGACUGCAAACGUAACAACAGAAUCUAAUGAAUCUAAUGAACCUCUUUCAAACAUACCAUCAGAAAUAAAUAUCUCGCCUCCAAAUCAUCAUGAAGAUGAUACUAAAACAAAUUCUCCAACAUCAACACAACCAAAAAUUACAGGUCCAUUUGGACUUGAUAUGGAUUUGUUACACAGAAUUGAAUUAAAUGCUCCUGUAAAGUAUAGUAAUCCUGUUCUUCUAGAAAUUAAUUUAACAGACUUGAAUGAAAAUUCCAACAUAAAUUUAAACAAAGUACCGGUGAUUCCUAUAUCUCCUCCAAAAUUAUUGGUAUCGAAAUCUGCAUUAAUGACACAACAGCAGUUGAGUCCUGCUAACACUAGCAAAGAAGACAGCCUUGAACGAAAAAUUCUUGCGAUGGCUAGUCUAGAUUUAGCUAUUGCAAUUCAGUCGAUGAACAGUAUAAAUAUUUUGAUAAAAUCUCAUCAAAUUUUAAGUUUGCAAUCUAAAGAAGAUAAAUUUAUUGGUUCUAUAAAUAUGCAAUUAAAACUCUUACAAACUUAUCCUUUACAACAAGGAGGAACAGAUAUAUCUAAAGGUUUUAGAAAUACAUUUAUGGUUUUAUUAGCGUUUUAUGAUACUGGAAUUCUUGGAAAAAACGUUCCUUUAAUACAUCUAAAAGAACUUGUGGAUCAAAUGAUCAGUUUGUUAGCUGAGCACAAAUUGAAUCAUUUACAUCAAGCAGAAGCAUAUUAUCGCGUAAUUAACAAUAUCGUUUGUAAAAUAAUAGACAACUCAAAUCAUACUACUAUUAUAUGUGUUUUAAUAAAAUUACUCCAUGGAUGUGCUGAAUCUACCGCUCCAUCCAAAUAUGAAGAAUUAGUAAUGAAGUGUUUGUGGAAAAUAGUGAAAACAAUUCCUAAUUGGGCUGCAGAUUUAGAUUAUGACACUAUUCUCUUAGAAGUACAUCGGUUUCUUAAGGAUUAUCCAAGUGUGUGGUGGAAAAAACGAAAAUCUGAUACUCCAUUACGAACAAUUAAAACUAUUCUUCACAGUAUGACCCGUGUGAAAGGCAGUACAAUACUCAGUCACUUAACACGAAUAAACAAUACAAAUGAAUCGGAAUUACAUUCGUAUCUUAUCAGAUUAAUUGCGACUUUUAAGCCAGAUGAAAUUAAUAGCAAUCCUAGAUCAACUGUAAAAUCCAGCAGCACUGGGAAAACUCAAGAACAUUUAUCAAAAUUCACUCAUCAACAACUGUCUGAAAUAUUUAAAAAAAUUGGAUCUAAAGAACAUACACAAGAAGGUUUAAUGCAACUUUAUGAGUUUAAACUUCAAUAUCCUGAAGCAGAUGUACAACCUUUUUUAGUUAAGUCUCAUCAAUUUUUCCAAGACUUUAUAGAACAAGGAUUAAGAGAUAUUGAUCAAGCACGAAAAAAUCAAAAUCUUAUAACACAAACAAAUAAUCAAUACUCAACAGAAAUAGCUGAAUCUGCUGGUACUGAAGAAAAAAGCCUAAUGGAUCCAUUGCAUAGGCUUGAAAAACUUCGAGUAUCUGAAGCACAAUGUAGAACUACUAGCCAGCCAAGUCCAACAUGAAUUAACUUCUAUUAAUAUUUAUUAAGGUUGCAGUGCUUAAAUAACUGGAUUAAGAACCAAUAAUACAACACAAUAUUAAAUAAAUAGUACAUAGAUCAUGAAGAGUAAAUAAUCGUACCUAAUGUACGUAAUGUUACGCUGUUCAGUGCAACAUUAACUGUAGCAUUUAUGUCUCAAUUUUCUCAGUAGCUACAUAUGUGUUAUAAUGCUAAAUAUUCGAAGUUUAUAUAUUACAACUUUUAA